AUGUACUUAUUCAUGAUCAAGGACACUACAAAAACCCAUGGGUAUCACUGGUGUUGCACAAUCCUUGAUAUUGUAUUUAUUGCCCCAAAAAUGCGAAAUCAGCUUGUUUUCCCUGCCAAAUUUGGCACUCUGGAGAGAUUGGACUAUAACUUUCCAACCACAACACAUAUGAACAUGGUUUCGCUUCCCCUGCAUCCUCUCCCAGAUGCCACACAAGCCACGCAAACCGCCCUUUUCAGGGUUCGAAUUGCUAUGAGACUGUUGGAGCGUAGAAAACUCACGGUGCAUGCUGUCAAAGGCACCUCAAAGUCCAUGGACUUUUGCACAGGAGCGAACAUCCUGCAUCCAGUCUUCCCCAACCUUCGAAGUAGUUUGCUAGUAAUGAGGAUGAAAUGA